CAGGUGACAGGCAGGCGGCUCUUCCUGUUUGCUCGGAGGAUUCAUUAUCGAAAGCGGGGACGGACAUGAUGGGAGGGAUCAAACAGGAGCAGAGUGAUGCAUCGCAGCAGCCCAGACCGUCGCACACAGUGGAUCCCCCACAAGAAGAGCCAAAAAAAAGAGGCUGGCCCAAAGGGAAGAAGAGAAAGAAGGUUCUGCCAAAUGGUCCAAAGGCACCUGUGACAGGAUACGUUCGCUUCCUGAAUGAACGUCGAGAACACAUGCGAGCCAGAUAUCCAGACCUACCAUUUCCAGAAAUCACCAAGAGGCUCGGAGCAGAGUGGACACGAUUAGCCCCAAAUGACAAACAGCGUUAUUUAGAUGAGGCCGAACGGGAGAAGAUGCUUUAUGCUCAGGAACUUAAAGAAUAUCAACAGACUGAAGCGUACCAACUCACCAGCGCUAAGAUACAAGACAAAAGGAUUAAAAAAGAGGACACUCCAUUGAUCAACAGCAACAGUAGUGCAGGAGCAUCAUUAACAAAGUCUUCAGAGCUCUCAAGCAGAUUUGAUAUCCCCAUUUUCACAGAGGAGUUUCUCGACCAGAACAAAGCUCGAGAGGCUGAGUUGCGCCGACUUCGUAAGGCCAACAUUGAGUUUGAGGAGCAGAAUGCAGUCCUGCAGCGGCACAUUAAAGAUAUGUAUCAUGCGAAGGAACGUCUGGAGGCUGAACUGGGGCAGGAUGAGAAGCGCACCCAGGCUCUUCACCAACACCUGUUGGCCAUUAAACACACAUUAGUAAACAGUCUGUCAUCUGUCCCACUGCCAGGAACAGGUGAGACUGCAUCUCUUGGAAACCUGGACUCUUACCUGACUCAACUCAACGGAGUGCUCGAGGGUAACCCUCACAAACAUCGUGCCUUGCUCAGUCAAGUAUGUGAGGUUCUGUCUCACCUGGACAGUGAGAAGCUAUGACUGCGCAGCAUUCAGAGAUCUACACUGUCUGGAUCAGAGAGAAACAUGGCCAGCUUGUUGGUACUAAAUCAAAUUGGUGCUUUACAAGGGUGCAUGUGGUUAGCGAAAGAAAGGGCACAGUGACUUCAAAACAUCAUAAUCAACGUGUACAUCAGGGUUGUAAAACUUGUUUUUUCACUUGAAUGACCGAAACCAUCACAACAACAAAUUGUCCUUAAAAAGAUCAAAUUGAAAGUUUCAAAGAAAAAACUUUAAGAUCUGAGAUUGCGAUCUUUACAAUCUGUUCUGUGCAAAAUGUCAUCAGAUGUCCAAAAAUCAUUUUAAUGCUCCUACUGUCUUUGAGUUUAUGUUUGUUUUUCUUCUUUUUUUUUAUUACUUAGGGGAGGGGUCCCAUUCAAAGGUUCAAGGAUUAACUUUAUUUAGCAAAGAUCUGAAAUCCUGUGUGCUACACAGAAAAACGGUUCUCUCUUCUCAGGGAAAAUUUAAUUAUGCAGCCUUCAGCAUGCUCUUUUUUUUUCUUUAUACCCAGGAACCUACCCCACACUGCUUUGAUACACUACAAUGUCAACAGUAAGGCUGUUAUAAAAUUAAAAUUGAUUA